UAAACUGCAGUGGAUCAUCCCCAUCUACUGGGGCGGGCUUCUCCGUACCGCUGCUACAGGGAUACCAAGAUGGAAAUUCAGGGGCUAUCUGACGCCCAAAACAUUCACUCUCAACAUGGCGCCUUACAUGGAACCGUUUCGUUAAGCUCUCAGUCUGCCGCGGGAUCGAGCUGUCGUUUUAUUUGCCCCGAAAAUAAUGCAGAGCGACAACUGGAGCUACACGAACCACAAAGAGACAACAACAACAACACCAGGUCGAGGACAUCGCAGUUUCACCUACUGGCGGAAAAUGGCAGCGAAGCGGCUUUUGUAUCCGUUAGCAAACGGCAGGCAGCUGAUAGGACCCGUGAACCCGGUAGCACACCGAGUGUCGGACUUUAUAACGUGAAUACGGUCAAAGAAAAUGAGCUAAACGCGUUGCUUGCCUCUUACGACUCUGCACAAAGUACCUGGAAGUACGGGUUAGAGAGCUUGAACAGCACAAUGCAAAUGGCGCUGCCCCUGUUUGAAGGGGAAGAGAAACAACCGAUGCAGCAGCGGCAGCUAACGUUACCAGUUCCAGGUUUACGACAGCAGCAGCGUGAGGACGGCGCCUUCAAGCAGCGCCCACUGGCCAGCAGAGUCGCCGCUGAGCCGAGGAGCCUCAGCGGGGCGAACAGAAGUACACAGGAAGUGUAUGUUGUUUUGAAUGUUGUUCAAGAGGAUGGCAAUAGCAAAACAAACAAACAGGGAGCGGAUCAAUCAUGUGAGGACGGCGGUGAAGUAAGCGGUGAACGGGAGGAAUGCUGUAAAGCGCGUCUCUCUGGCUUCAUGGAGGUUGGAUACGACAGCGACAAUCUUGUCUGUGAAUCUAACGACAGCCUGAACUGUGUUGAUACACAGGCCUUGAGAAAAAGCGACAAUGUUUUCAGUUUGGUGAACGCGAAUCCAUCUUAUUUGAAUGCUAAACAGAGUGUGUGUCGGCGCAUUGUCGAAGACGUAGUUUUGACAAACAAAUAUGGCGAUAAAAUUUGUGGCCAGAUAUGUACCGAAAACGAUGGAGGUAAACUUGCCGGGGCGCUGUCGCCACAGCCCCGUAUUGACGAAGGCAUUACACUGAUGUCAGGCAGCUCGCUCAUUACAGAAAUUAUGGAGACCUCGGACUUUAUUUCAGACGCAGCGGGGCUGCAGAACGAGGCAGACCCAGUCACGGCCUCCACAAGUCCUCCUGCCAGCGAAACCUUUUCCGGAACUAUCAUGAUAAAUAACCAAAGCAUCAUAGUGACAAUAGAAAACGGGGUCCUGACACUGGCUGCGCCACCAGAGGGACAUGUACACAAAGAGGAUGAUAUGGUCAGCUUGAAGGAGCAUCUGGGCAUGAAAGAUCACGAGGAUAUUGUUCUUUUAAACUAUGAUAGUGGCACUAAAUCCAUCGGUAAGAUCAGCACAUUAGCUGUUUCCAGUGCCAGUCACCAGGAAGAACCCAGACCUGGUUUGUCUGUGAGUGAUUCUGAGCUGGCUCUGGUGGAUGAAUGCCCCCUGUCAGAGCUGGGUACGUCUCUGGACUCACGUUCAAUCAUCAAGCAAGAGGGAGGGGAGCUGUGUGCUGUGACAGAAGCUGAUCUGGUCACCCCAUCCCCCAGAGUAGCUGUGGUCAGCUGUGAUAAUGAGGACCCCCAGUCUGUGCCACCAGUCCGGUCUAAAAAAGAGAUAUUGGCUUCUUUCUGCUGUCCAGAACCAGGCUGCUCAAGUACAUUGGAUACACGGCAGAAACUGAAGGUUCACCUCUUGAACCAUGCAGAGGAUCCUCGCCCACACCAGUGCCCUAUGGAGGGCUGCGGCUGGGCCUUUGCUACCUCUUACAAGCUAAAACGACACCUUCAGUCCCAUGACAAGCAGCGGCCACACAUCUGCCAGUUUGAAGGCUGUGGACGGCGUUUCACUACCGUGUACAACCUUAAGGCUCAUGUCAAAGUGCAUGAGCACGACAACUCCUUCAUCUGUGAGAUCUGCAGUGAGAGGUUUCGCAGUGCUGCACGACUUGCCAACCACCAGAGAGUUCAUUUUGAGCCAGAGAGGCCCCACAAGUGUGAAUUCCCAGGUUGUGAGAAAACCUUCAUCACCUUCAGUGCCCUCUUCUCCCAUAACCGCACUCACUUCAGAGAAACGGGCCACUUCACCUGCACUUUCCCAGGCUGCGAUAAGACAUAUGAUAAGGCCUGUCGUCUCAAGAUCCACUUGAGGAGUCACACUGGUGAGAGGCCGUUUGUCUGUGACUCAGAAGGCUGUGCCUGGUCCUUCACCAGCAUGUCCAAGUUGCUCCGACACAAACGGAAACAUGAUGAUGACCGUCGCUUUGUCUGCACAGAGGAGGGCUGUGGCAAGUCUUUCACUCGGGCAGAGCACCUCAAGGGUCACAGUAUCACCCAUCUGGGCACCAAGCCCUUUCAGUGCCUUGCAGAAGGAUGUAACGCCAAGUUCUCAGCUCGCAGCAGCCUCUACAUCCACUCCAAGAAACAUAAGCAGGACAGCAGCACGCUGAGGACCCGCUGUCCUGUGGCCAACUGCUCCAAGCACUUCUCCUCCCGCAGCAGUCUUAAGAGCCACAUGCUCAAACACCACCACCUCAGCCCUGAUGUUUUGAACCAAAUGGAGACAACGCCUACCUUGACCCCCAGUAGCGAGCUCAUCAGCUCCAACUCCACAACAGUUGCUGGGCCUGGUAUUGCGGGGGGUGACCAGCUGACCAACGUGGACCUCAGCUCUCUUUUCUCUGCUGUGCCUAGAGGUGCUGCACCCACUUCGGGUAUCGGAGUGGGAAUUCCUGUUGGCAGUAGCAUCUCUAACGGCACCUUCACCAUGGACCUCUCCCUGGUUGAUUCAGGCAUCCUCACCAUUGACCCCUCCUCAGUUGGGACCACACUCUGCACCAGCACUAGCACCACUUUGGCCAAGACUGUAGACCCUCUUAUUUUAGCAGCCAGUGCUGACAUGGGCCCACACCACGGUCUGGAGGGAACAGUGGGUGAUGUUCUGCCCCCACAGGGCACCUUAAACUUAGAUGAUGUGCAGACAGUUACUCCUGAGGCGCUGGGAACCCUCACUGCUCUCACCAUGCAGGGCGCUGGUGCCACUGUGGUCCCCACUUUACAGCACCCACUCAGCUCCUCUAAUGCCCUGAGCGCAGAGACUACUGCCACCCUGGCUGUGGCUCCUGUGGCGGAGCUGUUGGCUUCACCCUCUACAGUGGUGGAGGUUGGUGGACAGGGAGGAGCCGGGCCAUUGCUGAGCUGUGUGGAGGUGCUGGGGCACCCAGAAGGAGGGAAAGUCCUCACCCAGUUUGUUUUCUCAACUCACAACAGCAGCUUCAGCCCCCAGAAAGACCCAGAACUCAAUGCUGUGUCACCAAGCAGCUUCCUGGAGAGUGGAGGCUCAGCCCGGACUGACUACAGAGCCAUCCAGCUGGUCAAGAAGAAGAAGAAACAAAGGGGCCCAUCAGCCUCCUAUGGGAGUUCAGCAUCAAUUCAGAGAAAAAAUAAAGGAGCAAAACUAGCAACGCCACUUACUCCCUCUGGUGCUCGUUAUGGAGAAGGAGCUUCAACAGCCAAUGGCGGCUUAACUUUGCGUGACCCUGUUACUGGAGCUCAGUAUGUCCAGAUUCAGCUGCUGCAGGAUGACCCAGCCAGUGAUGGUGACCUGGCCUUCCAGCUGAGUUCUCAGCCCUCCAGCUCCCACUCUCAGCUCACUGUUGACCUACCUGUCAACAUUUUACAGGAGCCAUCAGUGAUGGCUGAAGACGACAACGGCUCUGACAACACUCAGUUCACAGGAAGCACAAUCAACCUUCAGGACUUGGAGUGAUCGGCUCAGAGCUGCAGGUCAGAGGUCUGCUGCAGUGACGGGCACCUCAUCACUAUCUACAGUUUACAUGAACAAACGCAAUGUUUGACGCCAUUAAACGGUUGGCCUGAAUUUUCCCAGGACUUGGAAAGCCUUUUUGGACACGUGGUCAAUUGGGUUUAGGAAGUGGUGGAUUUUAAUUCACAGUUAAUGCACCUUGAGAAGAGGAUGUGAGGAUUGUUUGUUUGUUCAGAAGAUUAUUUUGUUUGUUUCUUUAGCCCAGUUUUUUGUACCAAAAUCAAGAGACAAGAGGGC